AUGAAUGAAUUCAAGUUUUUUUUUCAAAACAUGAAUGAAUUUUAUUAUUUCACACAUUAUAAUCUCCCGAAAAACAAAAUGGAUCUUGAAUCUUAUCUUUUUAAACUUAAAUCUGUGAAUGAUUUUUCUGAUUUUGAUAAUCUUUUACAACAUACAUUUUCGAUUAUUAUAAAAUAUUCUGAAGAUGAAUUCAUCAACGAAUCUAGCAAUAUUAUAAUGUUAUUGGAUUUUCUUUGUGAACAAAUUUGGCCCAAUAAAAGGAUUGAAACAUUACAUUGUCGACAAUUAAAAGAGAUACGAAUAUUGGCUGGUUUGAUUGCAAAUUUUCUCCAUUCUUUAAUCGAAAAUUUUAGAAUUUCCAAAGAAAUUAAUGAAAAACUUUGGCUGUUUGCUCUAAUCUUUCAAUGUGAUUAUAUUGGAUUGAUUCAGCAGAAUCGUAAUGAAAAAUUCUUGACAAAAUUUUUAUCAUUGAAUAAAAAAUCCAAUUUCGAUGAUUAUCUUAAUCGAACAGUGUUGAAGAAUAUGAUUUCUAUAUUGAAAAAACGAACAGGCGAAGGUGAAGAAUGGCCAACAAUCAUUGGCAAUUCGAAUAUAAUUGAUUUCAUCUUUUCAAGUUUACGCUAUGAAAAAAUUUGUGAUUACAUUUUUGAAUUGUUUCCAAUCGCAAUGCAAAUUCUGGAUAAUCCACUAGAAUCAAAUCAAUCGAUUGGUUUAAAAUGUCUAAAUAAAUUACUGAAAACUCCUCGGGAUCGAGAAACAGAUUCGAACAAUAAUUGUUGUGAUAUUCUAAAUCAAAAUGGCUAUUUGGAACUUAUUUUCGAGAAAAUGAAAUUAUUACUACACAAUUUAGACAUGAAUCCAUAUUAUUUUGUCAUAUUGAUUGAUAAUUUUCAACUUUUAUUAUCCUAUCAAGAUAAAUUUCAUCGUCUAGCUAAAGAUUCACAAUUGAAAGAUUUAACAAAUCAACAUGACAAUCAUAAAGAUGAAAUCUACAUGAUUAUGAUUGAAAAUUUAUACCGUAAAGAUAAUGUGGAAUUUCUUCAAAACAAUCUGAAUGCCCUUAUGACUCAAAUAUUUCCUUUGAUGCAUUGUAACCUAUUGAAACAUGGAAAAAUCACUAUGAAUACAAUUUGUUUUUUAUUGGAUCGAAUAUUAAUCUUUACACCAAUAACAUUAUCAUUGCUGAUCAUGGAAUUCACUAGCGAUUAUAUUGCACGAAUCGAUGGUUGUAUAUGUCUAAAUGAUUUACAAAUGAUGGCUGUAAAAUUGGCUAAAAUUCAUAUAAAAUCAAAUAUGGAACAUCAUCCAAAUGAUGAUUAUUCAAAACAACUUGACCAACAAAUAUUCAGUAUUUUUCAUCAAUUGGAAAAUUCAUCGAAUGAAAAGAAUGCCAAAUUUCUUUUAGAAUUUCGAUCAAAAUUAAAAAUUCUGAAUUGAUGAUAUUUGAUUAAAAAAUCAAUAAAUAGAUGGUGCUCAUUG